AUGAGUGAAGACCAUAGGCUAGAUUCUCCUCCAGGAGCCUCCAGAUCCAGCCGGGCAAAUGCUGCCGAAAGCUCGAACCAACCUCGUAGGGGAAUCCGUCAGUUCUUGCGAAAAUUGAAGAAUGCGUUAACCAAAAAACUUCCUCGAACAAGCAACCGCACCACUGCGGUCCAAAACGUUGAAACCGAAGGGGCUUCAUCGAGUCAGAAAGUCGAGUCCUUCGGUUUUCUUAGAGGCGCCCAGGACACGCUGCAUCUUAAUCCUUCCGACGACAACAAGCAUCCCACCAUGUCUGAGAUUCCCGGCGACUCUAUGAACCAAGGGCUGUCCGGAGAGCCUGUUUUACAGGUUCAGCCUACUCCUCCUGGCGAGGGGGAAGGAGCCAAUCCCAAAUUAGUUGAUGCUGAACUUCAGGGUGCCUCUCGCGAUCGCGGAUGUACGGGAUAUUCUUAUUGA